CCUCGCACCCACUCGCGGCGCGUGCGCAGAAAGCGGCACGGCCGGCGUGAGGCACAGAGGGGACGUGGGGUCUUUUCCCUUCCCUCCCUCCUUCCUUCCUUUCCUUCCCUUCCUACUUUUCCUCCCUCCUUCCUUCCUUCACUCCACAGGCUGUCAAGGCCGGGACCCGGGGACUCGGAGAAAGGCGCUGUCCCCGCGGUGAGGGCGGGCUGCAGCUGACAGGUAUCCGGGUGCAAGGCAGGUUUUAAAGGGCACGCAGCCAUUCUGAGAGGAGCCCAGAGCAUUCCCUGCCUUGGAGCUGCAGGGAGGGUGACACAAGGACACCUGUGAGAGGGGACAUGGAAGUGGGGAAAUGAAUCAAGGGUUGCUGCUGAGGUUUGAAAAUGUGGUGCAGCUCCGUGGUGCCUGCCGGCAGCUGCGUGCCUUGUCCUCCAGGGAAGUUUGUGGAGCACAAUGGAAGCCUGUUCAGUUAUCUGCACGUCCCGUGGGGUCCUUCCUUCUGCAUCCACAGCUCUGGCCAAAACACAGAUUAAUCAGUGCUGCCUUAUCACAGUGCAGACAUCUAGCCACAAAGGAGGAGACAAAAAAGAAGAGAAAGAAGAUUCCCCUGACAAGAGGUGAAGUGGAGAUAAGGCAGAAGAUGACUGUGGAGGAACUGGCACAAGCUAUGGGCAAAGACAUAGAUCAUAUUUAUGAAGCACUGCUCUACACAGACAUUAACGUUGAUUCAGUAGAACCAGAUUCCAUCUUACGUGAAGAGCACAUCAAGAUGAUUGUUCAAAAAUCAGGAAUGAAGUAUAAAUCAGCAAAACUAAAAGAAGAGAAGGAAAGAAAAAACACAGAUGCUGUGAAGAGACCUCCUGCAGACCCAGCAGUGCUGACCCCACGGCCCCCAGUUGUCACCAUCCUGGGACACGUGGAUCAUGGGAAAACAACCUUACUGGACAGCCUGCGGAAAACUCAAGUGGCAUCAAUGGAAGCAGGAGGCAUCACACAACACAUUGGGGCUUUUAUUGUGCACAUGCCUUCUGGGGAAAAGAUAACCUUCCUUGACACUCCUGGCCACGCGGCAUUUUCAGCCAUGCGGGCGAGAGGCACCAAUGUCACUGACAUCGUCAUUCUGGUGGUGGCAGCAGAGGAUGGAGUGAUGCAGCAAACCAUAGAGUCCAUCCAGCAUGCCAAAAAUGCAGGAGUUCCUCUUAUCCUGGCCAUUAAUAAAUGUGACAAACCAGAAGCUGAUCCUGAAAGAGUAAAGAACGAAUUGCUGGCUUACAAUGUGGUCUGUGAAGAGUUUGGAGGUGAUGUUCAGGCUGUAAAUAUUUCUGCACUCAAGGGGGAAAACCUCAUGGUUUUGGCAGAGGCAACUGUUGCUCUGGCAGAGAUGUUGGAACUGAAGGCAGAUGCCACAGGGCUGGUGGAGGGGACGAUCAUUGAGUCUCGGAAAGACAAAGGGAAAGGUCCACUCACCACAGCCAUCAUCCAGAGAGGAACUCUGAGGAAAGGCUGUGUUCUGGUUGCAGGGAAGACCUGGGCAAAAGUGCGUUUCCUGUUCGAUGAGAACGGCCAAGCUGUGGAUGCAGCCUCACCAGGCAUCCCCGUGGAAAUCAUGGGCUGGAAGGAAUCCCCUUCAGCAGGAGAUGAAAUCCUUGAAGUAGAGUCUGAGCAAAGGGCACAGGAAGUUGUGGCUUGGAGGACCUAUGUUGAACAACAGGAGAAGAUGAAGAAGGAUCUGGAAGUUAUUGAAGCAAAACAAAAGGAACACAGGUUGGAAUAUGAGAAGAAGCAGAAGCAGCUGGCCCACCUGACCUGGAGACAGAGAAAGGCAGUGCUGUUCAAGGCCAAUAAGCAUCUGAUGUUCUCAAGGCCUAAGGAGAGAACAGAGAUGGAUGAAAACACGCUCUCAUUAAUAGUUAAAGGUGACGUGGAUGGAUCUGUUGAAGCUAUUCUGAACAUUCUGGACAGCUAUGAUUGUGAGGAUGAAUGCAAACUGGAUAUUGUCUACUUUGGAAUGGGAGAUAUCAGUGAAAACGAUAUCAGUCUUGCUGAAGCAUUUAAUGGUGUAAUAUUUGGAUUCAGUGUGAAAGCAAAUGAAAGUAUCAAAAAGCUGGCUGAUAAAAAGGGAAUAAAAAUUAAACUUCACAACGUCAUCUACAAACUUAUAGACGACUUGAAGGAUGAGCUGAACAGCAGGCUGCCCCCAGCUGUGGUGGAGACUACAAUAGGGGAAGCUUCUGUUCUUGACACCUUCUCUGUCACAGUAGGAAAAAACAAAAUUCCAGUGGCUGGAUGCAGAGUGCACAAAGGGCUGCUGGACAGAAAAAUGAAGUUCAAGCUAAUCCGUAACAGGGAUGUUAUUUGGAAAGGAUGUUUAUCAUCACUGAAGCACCAUAAAGAUGAUGUCCAGGUAAUAAAAACAGGAAUGGAUUGUGGAUUGAGUUUGGACAAAAAUCUGGAGUUCAGUAUUGGAGAUGAAAUUAUCUGUUAUGAAGAAAAAGAAGUUCAACAGACAACUUCCUGGGACCCAGGAUUUUAAAGACAUUUUCACAUGAACACUAACGGAUAUGUAUUAUGUUCCUGGCUGGCCCUUAACUCUUAACAUUAAAUGAACUCUCAGAGAUGCACAGGAGCUGUUCUUUACAUCAGAGCACUUCAGAUACAUUUUCUAUCUGCAAUGUUCUGCUUUUCUAUCAUGUCAAGCAACCAGCUGCCCUCACUGGAACAUGAGAUAAACCACCAGGGUAACUACAAGCACUUGAAGAGUGUAAAACCAUCAUGGUAAAAUGUUUCAGAUGACAAUCUCUUCAUUUCAAAAUAACUGAGCCAUUUCCUCCCUCCCCUCCCAGUACUGCUGUGCAGUGUUUCAGUGUGUUGGCUGCAUUUUGUGACCAAGCCUCCCAUACCCCAUUAUGUAGCACUGACCCACUUGCAAACACAACUCUCCACCUCUGAGUUUCCUGUUUUUCCAGAUCAGAACUGUCUCACGUUAAAGAGACCACAUCUAAGGUUAUCUUGGGUGUUGAUUUUUUUUUCCUUUACAACUGGUACCCAGUAUUCUUUAAAUCAAAUUGCUGCUUCAAUUUUACACCACAUAUUUCACCCUAGCUGGCAGGCAGCACCCAAAGGUCCACAGAUUUUUCUCACUGAUCAGCAGAGAGGAAACACAGCGUCACAGAAAUAA